AUGUUGCUGCAAGCACUCAUUCCUUUCAUAUUCGCGCCACUGGCCGCCGGCGGAUUGACGCAUAAGGGGGUCGAUUGGUCAAGUACAAUAGUUUUGGAAAAUUUAGGGAAGACCUUCAAGACCGCAUCUGGCUCCGUUGCACCGUUUGAAACAAUUCUCAAAUCCAGUGGCGUAAACACAGUACGACAGCGGCUAUGGGUGAACCCAAAGGAUGGCAACUACAACUUGGCAUAUAACAUCAAACUUGCCCAGCGCGCAAAAGCCGCCGGUCUGAAUGUUUACCUUGACUUACAUUUCAGCGACACAUGGGCCGAUCCGGCUCACCAGACACUCCCUGCAGGCUGGCCAACAGACAUAGAUAACCUCGCCUGGAAAGUCUAUAACCACACCUUAGAAGUCUGCAACAGCUUCCAAACUGCCGGUACGCCGCUCUCCCUAAUCUCCAUCGGCAACGAAAUUACAAACGGUAUGCUAUGGCCCCUAGGUAAGGUCUCCAAUCCUGGAAACCUCGCUCGGCUGUUACACUCCGCCUCAGCGGGAGUUAAAGACUCCACGCUCAACCCCAAACCCAAAAUUAUGAUCCAUACGGAUAAUGGAUGGAACUGGGGCACGCAAUCCUGGUUCUUCAAAUUGAUUCUGGGCCAAGGAACGCUCCUUGCGAGCGACUUCGACAUCAUCGGGCUCUCAUACUAUCCAUUCUACAGCGCCUCUGCCACCCUCGCUUCCCUUAAAUCGAGCCUGAAUAACCUAGCAUCUGGAUAUGGGAAACAGAUCAUAAUCGCAGAAACGGACUGGCCCGUUUCUUGCCCCAAUCCAGCCUAUACUUUUCCAAGUGAUGCAGCGAAUAUCCCCAAGAGUGUGGCAGGACAGACAACCUGGAUGAAGGAAGUCGCUUCGGUCCUAGCUGGAGUCAGCAAUUCUCUGGGAGUCGGGCUGUUCUAUUGGGAGCCUGGGUGGGUCGGAAACGGGGGGUUGGGAAGCUCGUGUGCCGAUAAUUUGAUGGUUGAUGGUAACCUGGCGGCGAGGUCGAGUUUGUCUGUUUUCUCCUCGAUAUAA